UUCAUUGCAACUGCGCAAAAAAGAGAGAAAGAUGAGGGAAACUUGAUGACGGUGGCUCUAUCUGAUAUGAUUUCAUGUUGCCAGUGGUUGAAGCACAUAUAAUAUACCAAAUCCAAAAGAGAUCAAAAUGUAGGUGGGGGCGUUAAUUGAAUUAAUUACCAGACCCGUGACAUAGAAAUAAAGCAAGCAAACAAACUUGUGUGUUGCAUAUUGAUCCAGAGAUUUUAAAUCGCAUUGCAUGGGUCUUAUGCAUAUCCAUUUUCCUAGUUUUCUCUCUGUCUCUGCCUUACCCAAUUCACUUGGUUUGCUUCUAUUCUCUCAGAAGGCUCUUCCUGAUACUUGAAGGUUCUCCAAGUUCCUUCUUAAGUGCCGGAAUUGAAGAGCAUGGAAAAUGGUCAGCUGACAAACAAGGAUGACAUGAAAGUUCAAGUCUCAUCUAAAAGUGAGGUCGUGUCAGGUGCUGGAGUGGAGUUUCAAGGGGCUCCUAGUCCUAAUUUAGGACAAGGUGGCCUUCAGAGACAACCUAGUAUGACUAAGACCAAUUGUCUCUGUUCUCCAACCACACAUGCUGGUUCAUUUCGUUGCAGACUUCACCGCACCCCUAGUCUUCAGAGGACCAAAAGCAUGGAAUCCGAGUCACUACGGGAUCAGGCAUCAACGGUUCAUGCUUCAAUUGUUGAUGCCAACAAGGAUCCAGUGCAUUGAUCUUAUGCUGAAUUGAAUGUUAAAUUGUUACUAGCUGCUAUAUGAUUACAUGUGUUUACUCUUGUCAUGUUUACUUUCUAAUUUCUAUAAUAGCCAAAUGUUGAGAUGUAUGUGAUGUAAGUAAUUUUACAUUAUUUGGAUGUCAUGUCAACAAUUUGGGAUCA